AUGGACAGCGACGUGUUAUAUCUUCCUCAAGAAAUCAUCAGAAACAUUCUGAAACGACUUCCGGUAAAAUCCCUAAUCCGAUUUCAAUGUGUCUGUAAACAUUGGAGAGAUCUCAUAAAAAAUACAUCUUUCAUCGCGGACCACCUUCAACAGUCCAGUCAUCAAAAGCCUUAUUUUCUUCUCAAAUGUAAUGGGAGUCGUAGUUAUUCGCGCUGGCGCUUGGGUUUGCUGGAUUGCGGGUUGCAAGUCCGAAAAGUUCACAGGCCACCUUUGAUCAAUUCCUCGCGCGAUGCUAGGAUCCUAGGUUCCUGCAAUGGCUUGCUUUGUGUUGAAAUCAAUCUUUACAAUAAUUCUCCUCCUUUGUUUUCAUUGUGGAAUCCUGCGACUACAGCAGUCAGACGUGUUCCUAGAACUAGAGCUGAUGGUUUUCAGUUUGAUGAUAGCGUGACAGGGUUUGGGUUCAGCCCGAUUCUUAAUGAUUACAAGAUAGUAAUAACUUAUGCUGAGGUUUAUGAUGCGGUUAAUAGAGUGGAAGUGUUUUCCUUAAAUGGAGGGUCUUGGAGGGUAAUAGAUAUUGGGAACUUAAAGGGAGUGAAACUUUAUUCUCAAACUGUCACCGCAAAUGGAGCCGUAUUUUGGUAUGGGGAAAAGCUAGGUGCAGAGGAGGGUGAAGAUGAGGUUGAGGUUAUAGUUUCAUUUGACAUAGCAAAGGAAGUGUUUGCAUUGAUACCGAGGCCCAAUUUAGACUAUAAUGCAGACGAAAAGCUUACUGUUUACGAGAACAAACUUGCCAUACUUUGUGAAAUUUGGGAAAACGAUGAUGAAACAGCUGAUUUGAUUGAUUUGUGGGUGUUAGAUGAGGGUACAUGUGCGUCUGGGGAGACAUGGAGCUGGACUAGAAGAUACACUAGCAGCCCCUUUUCACGCGCGUUAGAAUCAAUGACUAUGUGGAGGAAUGAAAUUAUCUGCACACCUACUUCUGCAGAGGAUAAUGAGGAGGGAAGAAAUGUUCUGUAUUCGAUGAAUAUCACUACUAAUGAGGUAAAGAGGUUUGUUGUUCCCAAUUUUGGCCCUAUUCGUAGUAUUUAUGAUUACGCAGAAAGCCUUGUAUCGGUUGGCAAUAGCUAG